UUAUCCUUAGCGUGUUCUCUGCCUUACCAAGACUAUCACAGAAAAUCAGACAGAUCGAGGAAUUUUGACUCUACGUGAACACGAUGAAAGUGGUUCUAGUUAACCUCUGUUUCCUCUUCUUGCGGGGGCACAUUGCUCUUGGUUUGGAAGACCCGUACAACCGGUUUAACCAGGCUGAAGACUCGGUUUAUGGAGGACCCCGUACGUACAGCGAUUAUGUUCGAUACCCGUAUGACAAGUACAUUUAUCGCGAUGCACCAGAUUACAGAUACGGGACUCAUUAUGACAGUUCUAGCAAUGGCAAGUAUUCCUAUGGCAACAGGUAUAAUGAUCUUUAUGGAAAGCGUCCAGUAAACAGCUACAACAGUCGAUACCAGCAAACCACCAGUAAAUACAGUCUCGAUAACAGACCUGAUUAUCAGGAUCGGUACAAUCCUUCAUACCAUUCAAGUAAUGAACCAGAAGGACGUUACUAUGGAAACAGAUAUACGUACUAUCGAGAUGAGCCAAAGUACUCAUUUGAUCGGAAUCACAAUCCCAGUUAUUCUCCAUAUCGAUACAACGAUAAUGAGUUAUCCAAACAAAAGGAUUACCGCCACGACUCACGGUAUGGAGAUCGAAACUAUCCGGACGAUCAUCGUAUCUAUUAUAACCUUCAGACGGGGGAAUAUAGAGUAUCAGGUGACAAGGAACAUUCCAAUUCAUAUCGUCCCUAUGGUGGUAUUAAUAAUUCUUAUCCUGGCUAUUACCAGUCUAGUUACGGACUCUUAAAGGAUUACUUGGGAUAUGAGUGGGCCAGUCCAUCUGGCUAUCUCGGAUACGGGCCAGGAUAUAGACGAAGCUAUAGUAAGGAGGAAACCAGCAAGGAUGCUGUCAAGGAAGAAGAAUGA